AUGGCGAUAAUCGGCGACGCGCUUCGCCAGGCCUUCAUGCCCAAGGACGAGUACAUGAGCCUCCGGGAAGAAGACAGAGCUUGGGGCAAGAUUCAGAGACCUCUGUUAAUGGCGUCCAUGGCUCUCGUCUGUUUCGUAGUUGUUGUCUGCACGGUUAUCAGCUUGACCAUUGUGUUUCCUGGCGACCCGGCGAAGCGGCCGUUCUGCGGCGACCGGAGGCUUAAUUCUCUACCGAUGAAUGUGAGAGGGGGCGAUUCUGAUCCGUUUCCCGGAGCGUUUUAUCUUACGGAUCAAGAGAUUGCGGAUUACUAUUGGAUGGUUGUGUUCGUUCCCUCUAUGAUCAUUUUCUUGGCUACCUUCGUGUAUCUUGUUGCGGGAAUCGCUGUUGCUUAUUCUGCUCCAACAAGACACGGAUGCUUAAAGGUAGUUGAGAAUAACUACUGUGCUUCAAAAAGAGGUGGGGUUCGAUGCCUAUCUAUUCUGAAUGCUGUCUUUGCUGUCAUUUUUGGUCUUCUUGCAUUGUUUCUUGGUUCAAGCCUCCUCACACAAGGAAGCUCCUGCUCUAUGCCCCUGUUCUGGUGCUAUGAGGGUGGGUGUUGGGGGAUGGUUCUUCUAUACGGAGGAACUGCCUUUUUUCUGAGAAGGAGAGCAGCUGCAAUCCUUGAUGAGGGAGAAUUUGGUGGUCGAAACCUAGGGCUUGAAAUGUUGGGGAAUCCCUUGGAAGUGACACCAGAGGUGGAAAGGCGGGUUAAUGAAGGGUUUAAGACAUGGAUGGGGUCGUCGCUCCUAUCGUCCGAUGAAGAAGAUGAACCAAACAGUUAUUAG